GUUGGAGAGUUUGAGUUCCAGCUGAGGGUGAAUAUUGUAUCGUGCGCUCGACUGCAGAGCGUGGUUAUUAGUGUUCGAGAGUCCGAAGCGAGGCGGGAAUGGUUCUUACUGGGCCUCUCCAAAGAGAGUCGGUGAGUAUGGCGAAGCGGGUGAGCAUGUUGGAUCAGCACAAGAAGUCCUCCUGUGCCCGGGUGCGUGUAGCCGUCAGACUGAGGCCCUACAUGGAUGAGAAGGAUGAAGCUAAAGCGACCACAGUGUGUGUCAGGGGCCUGGACUCUCAGUCGCUGGAGAUUGUCAACUGGAGAAACCAGCUGGAGACCAUGCAGUACCAGUUUGAUGCAUUUUAUGGGGACAGCGCCAGUCAGCGUGAGAUCUACAUGGGCUCUGUGUGCCACAUUCUCCCGCACUUACUCAUUGGCCAGAACGCCAGUGUUUUUGCUUAUGGUCCCACGGGGGCAGGGAAAACUCACACAAUGCUGGGGAACCCCAAUCAGCCUGGUGUGAUCCCUCGGGCUGUUAGAGACUUGCUGCAGAUGAGCCGGACAGCGGCCAGUGCCCCUGAGAAUGAGAACUGGACUUAUACCAUAAACAUGUCAUAUGUGGAGAUUUACCAGGAGAAGGUCAUGGAUCUGCUGGAGCCAAAGAACAAAGACCUCCCCAUCCGAGAGGACAAAGACCAUAACAUCCUGAUCCCGGGCGUGACCCAAAAAAUGAUCAAUUCUUUUGCAGAUUUCGAUGAGCAUUUUAUCCCUGCCAGUCAGAACCGUACCGUGGCCUCUACGAAGCUCAAUGACCGAUCCAGUCGCAGCCACGCCGUGUUACUGAUCAAGGUCCAGAAGAGUCAGCAGGUGGUACCAUUUCGGCAGCUGACUGGAAAGCUCUACCUGAUAGACUUGGCUGGAUCAGAAGAUAAUCGGCGCACUGGAAACCAAGGAAUCCGACUAAAGGAGAGUGGAGCCAUUAACUCCUCCUUAUUCACGCUCAGCAAAGUGGUGGAUGCUCUGAACCAGGGGCUGCCCCGAAUUCCAUACAGAGACAGCAAGCUGACGAGACUGCUGCAGGAUUCCCUGGGAGGAAGCGCCCACAGUGUUAUGAUCACUAACAUCGCCCCAGAGCAGACGUAUUACUUCGACACAUUGACGGCUCUGAACUUCGCUGCUAAAUCCAAGCAGAUCAUUAACAAGCCUUUCAGCCAGGAAACCACCCAGACCGUGGUUCAGCCAGCCAUGAAGAGGCCCAGGGAGGAAACAGGCCACAUAGCCGGUUCUCAGAAAAGAAAGAAAUCCAAAAAUGACUCCACUGAGUCGUCUCCCAAUUCAUCAAUGGACACAGCGGGCAAACAGAAACUCAAUUUGGCAACGCUGGAUCCCGCUGUGGUAGAGAGGCUGCUGAAACUGGAUAAGAUCCUGACCGAGAAGGGAAAGAAGAAGGCCCAGCUCUUGAGCACCCCCAAGAGAGAGCGAAUGGCACUGCUGAAGAAAUGGGAGGAAAGUCAGAUGGAGAUCGAGAGACUAAAGGAGAAGCAAAAGGAGCUGGAGCAGAAAGCGAUGGAAGCAGAGGCUCGACUGGAGAAAUCCAAUAACUCUGACCUGUCAGACUCCAGUGUCAGUGAAAACACUUUCCGGGCCCCUCUCAGAGGCAGAAACACAUCCACAGCGAAGGUCAAGAAAGUGCUGCGUGUACUGCCCAUGCAGGGGAACAGCCAGUUACAAAGCACCGUAGAGGAGGGGAUCCCCGUUUUUGAGAAGAAGAAAAAGAAGAAACAGGUCACAUGCGAGGGGCUUGAGAACCAGCCCACGUGGGAAAUGAACAUGAGGACAGACCUGCUUGAGAGCGGCAAGGAGAGAAUCCUGAAACUACUCAACACGGGCUCAGUAAAGGAACUGAAAUCCCUGCAGAGGAUCGGAGACAAGAAGGCCAAGCUGAUUAUUGGCUGGAGAGAAGUCAAUGGGCCUUUUAAAAAUGUGGAAGAGUUGGCGUGUUUGGAAGGAAUCUCUGCUAAACAAGUAUCGUCCUUUAUAAAGGCAAAUAUCAUGAGCAGCAUCGCCAGCUGAAACCUGUACCAUCAUCAGGCUGCAGCCCGGGUCAUACACGCUCCAAGGGCCACUGAUUUUAUUCCUCACAAACAACUUGAAAUCCCUGAGCUCCUUAUGGCAAAACUCUGAAGUGUAAAUCUGAGGCAAGUUUGGCUGUUUUUGCACCAGCCCCCUGCAAACACGAACCAAAUGUGCCAACCGGCCGCUGGAUGUUUUGUUAAAGUGAGUUCAACGCCGAGACUCUGGUUUAAAGGUUUUUUUUUUGCAUUUGUAAUGUUCACAUUUUAUUCUACUAUUUUAUUAUGAGCCUGUCUGUGUGUGUGUGUGUCUGUGUGUGUUUGUGUGUGUGUGUGUGUAUGUGUCUCUUGAGUGACUGCCCCAGUGGGGUGAAUGAGUGGCUGCAAUGUGGUUUGGCAGAGAAGUAACAGUAGUUUCCAUGCUGUGUGAGGCACCAACAUUGAAACCACUGGCUCCUGUGUAAAUAUAUAUAUAUACUCCUUACCCCAUGUGCUUCAGCAGCAUUUACUGCAGUCACAUUGCAGGAAGGUUCUGCUGGUGUUUUUAUAUUCUUCCAAAUCAAGUCCAUGUCUUUCUGUAAAAUAAACGUUUUUGUUUU